AUGACUGAUGGUGUAAUGCUUCGUGAAUCACUUAAAGAACCAGAUCUUGAUCAUUAUAGUACUGUUAUAAUGGAUGAAGCUCAUGAACGUUCAUUACAGACUGAUGUUUUAAUGGGUUUAUUAAGACAAGUGAUUACACGUAGAAGGGACCUCAAAUUAAUUGUAACUUCAGCAACUAUGAAUACAGAAAAGUUUGCUGCAUUUUUUGGAAAUUGUGCUAUAUUUACAAUUCCAGGCCGUACUUUUCCAGUUGAUACUAUGUUUAGUAAAACUCCAUGCGAGGAUUAUGUUGACAGUGCUGUAAAACAAGUUUUAGAAAUUCAUUUAAGUCGCCCAGCUGGUGAUAUUUUGGUGUUUAUGACUGGUCAAGAGGAUAUAGAAAUAACAUGCCAAGUUAUUUCAGAACAACUUCAACAAUUGGAUAAUCCACCACCAUUGGCAGUUCUACCAAUUUAUUCACAAUUACCUGCUGAUUUACAAGCUAGAAUUUUUGAAAAGACAUCAGAUAAUGCAUGUAAAGUGAUUGUUGCAACAAACAUUGCAGAAACCUCACUUACAGUUGAUGGUAUUAUGUAUGUGAUUGAUACAGGAUAUAACAAAUUAAAAGUUUUUAAUCCCAAGAUUGGUAUGGAUUCACUGCAAAUAACACCAAUCAGCCAAGCAAAUGCAAAUCAAAGAUCUGGACAUGCUGGACGUACAGGUGCAGGAACUUGUUAUCGUCUCUAUACAGAACAAGCUUAUCAUCAUGAAAUGUUUAUUAAUACAAUACCUGAAAUUCAGCGAACCAAUUUAGCAAAUGUGGUAUUACUUCUUAAAUCUUUGGGUGUUAAAAAUUUAUUAGAUUUUGAUUUUAUGGAUCCUCCUCCACAGGACAAUAUUUUGAAUUCAAUGUAUCAAUUAUGGAUCUUGGGUGCAUUAGAUAAUACAGGAGAAUUAACACCACUUGGGCGUAGAAUGGUGGAAUUUCCAUUGGAUCCUUCAUUGUCCAAGAUGUUAAUUGUAUCUCAAGAGUUAGGCUGUACUGCAGAAAUUUUGGAAAGAGUAGAGCAAAGUGAUGCUGCUAGAGAAAAAUUUUUUGUACCUGAAAGUGAUCAUUUGACUUUACUACAUGUUUAUACACAAUGGAAAUCUAAUGGGUUUCAAGAUGGAUGGUGUGUAAACCAUUUUAUACAUUCAAAGGCAAUGCGUAAGGCUCAAGAGGUCAGAUCACAAUUAAUAGAUAUUAUGAAAGCUGAAAAAAUGGAAUUAGUGUCUUGUGGCACAAAUUGGGAUGUAGUUAGAAAGUGUAUAUGUUCAGCAUACUUUCAUCAAGCUGCAAGAAUUAAGGGAAUUGGAGAAUAUGUUAAUAUUCGUACUGGUAUGCCAUGUCAUCUUCAUCCGACAAGUGCAUUGUAUGGACUUGGGUAUACACCUGAUUACAUAGUCUAUCAUGAAUUGGUAAUGACUUCAAAAGAAUAUAUGCAAUGUGUUACUGCUGUAGAUCCCUAUUGGCUUGCGGAAAUGGGACCUAUGUUUUAUUCAGUCAAAGAAAAUAAUUUUACACAAAAGAUAGCUAAAUACAAAAUUGCCAGGGGAGGAAGCCAUAUUAAAACCCCAAAGGCAAUAGCAAAUAAGGCAACCAAUAAAUCCAAUGCUGAUAGACUCAUAGAAGCAUGCUUUCAUCAAGCUGCAAGAAUUAAGGGAAUAGGAGAAUAUGUUAAUAUUUGUACUGGUAUGCCAUGUCAUCUUCAUCCAACAAGUGCAUUGUAUGGACUUGGGUAUAAACCUGAUUACAUAGUCUAUCAUGAAUUGGUAAUGACUUCAAAAGAAUAUAUGCAAUGUGUUACUGCUGUAGAUCCCUAUUGGCUUGCAGAAAUGGGACCUAUGUUUUAUUCAGUCAAAGAAAAUAAUUUUACACAAAAGGCACGAGAGGAAGAGGAAGAUGAAGAAAAAUUACAAAUACAAGCAGUAAGGUCACCCAAAAAACCAAAAAUAUUUAUGCCAGGCCGUAAUGCUAAAACUUCAUUAGGCAAAAAAGGAUUAGCAUGCUUUCAUCAAGCUGCAAGAAUUAAGGGAAUAGGAGAAUAUGUUAAUAUUUGUACUGGUAUGCCAUGUCAUCUUCAUCCAACAAGUGCAUUGUAUGGACUUGGGUAUAAACCUGAUUACAUAGUCUAUCAUGAAUUGGUAAUGACUUCAAAAGAAUAUAUGCAAUGUGUUACUGCUGUAGAUCCCUAUUGGCUUGCAGAAAUGGGACCUAUGUUUUAUUCAGUCAAAGAAAAUAAUUUUACACAAAAG